AUGGGCGGAAGGUUUGCCGGGAAAAAGGUGGUCAUAUGUGAUAACCUGUCAGGAUGCACACAACAAAUUAUAGACUUAAAUGAGAAGAGAGAAGAAUUAAAUGCAAACAACUUAAAUAUAAAAAAGUACAAAAAUACUAAAUACAACGAAAAGUUACAAGACUCAAAACAAAAUAUUUUAACCGAAAUAAAUACUUCUACUAAUGAAACUAAAGUUAAUUUGGAGACUGACAAAAAUACUGGCAAAGAAAACAAAACUUUUAGACAUACUCAUUUAAAUAACGAAAUAAGCAAAUGUGCAGAUAGGAAAGUAAACAGCAAUCGAAAGUCCGGAAAAAAAACUAAUAAACCAAAGAAAAAAACAAAAAUCAACAAAUCAACCAUUGAACGAAUAUUAAAACCAGCCUGGAAAACAUAUAAGAGAAAUAUAAGUGAAACAAGUAAUAGUGAUAUCAACAUUAGUAUUCACAUUAAAUCAGAUAUCUGUGACAUAGAAUCUGAUAAGCCCGACAAAGACAUUCAAAGUUUAAAUACAAAAAAGCCUAAAACACAGUCAAUGAAAGAUAAUAAAACAAAAAUAGCAGCGGAAACAGAAAAACCUUCAUCGAGCUACGACGACCAUUUAAGUGAAGCUUGUUCUAAGGUCAAUUAUGCUGUUGGGGAUAUUAUACUAAUCAGAUACUUUUAA